AUGCAUGAAGCAAGUAUCCAACAAGACUUUCAAAUUUGGUUGCGUUAUCUAACAUCAAGAUCUGAUAAAUAUCUUAUUGAUAUAUCAGCCCUUAAUAAGUUUAAGUUUAUGAUAACUCUUCAAGAGCCGUACUUUUUGGUAUCAGCUUGGACCGCAGCUUUAAAUAACGUAAGGCGGGUUGGCCUAACUGUUAAAACUGUUUCUGUCCCCAAGCCACUUAGGACUUCUCUGAUCUACACCAGACACAGUGUAGACCCAUUCUUUUGAGCCAGACUCUCAAUAAGUCAUGAAAUUCUCACUGAGCAAAGAUGUAGGACCCGAGCCCUAUUCUCUAACUGGCAUUUUUAAUUUGGCUUAAUAAGCUAACUACGAUAGUGAUCAACAAUCCAGAUUCCAAAGAUUUAUUUAUUCCGCUCUUAAUAGGGUCAUUAGAAACAGAAAAAGAAUGCGCGGCUAUCAUAACCCUUCAUAUAAUCAACACAAUUGUUCUGAAUUUUCGGAAAAACUCAAAAGGCUCCUCAGAUGUGCUGUUUCUUGGAAAAAUCCUUGAUGAUGGGAUAGGUGUCAUGGAAAGAAAUUUGUCAAGAAACUGAAAAGACUGGGAAAAUCAGCUCUUAUGGACCCUUUUUGAAUGGAAAUUGAAUUAUAAAAUAGAAAACAGACUAAGUCCGAUUCUUUUAUCAUCAGUCAAUAGCAAAGGAGAAGAAACCUUGCAUCUUAAAGAUACGCAUUUUACUUUAAUAGAAGAAGACGAAAUGCUAGCAUUAUAUCUCAGAGAUAAAGGAACAGAAGCGAUGGUAACAAAUUUAUUAAGAAUUUUUGAGUAUUCAUAUAGAAAUACUGAGCCAAAUAAGGAUCCUUAUAAAAAAAUGAUGUAUACAGCUGUCAAAGGAGAAGGAUGGACUUCCCUUAUGAAUUUAACCAAGAGAUAUUUAAUUUCUUCAAUAGGCUCAUUAGACACAAAAAAUUAUGCAUUUAGGAAUAUACAAAAUGAUAAAUUAGCCUUAAUCCCACACGUUUUUACUGCUAUGCAUGCUUCAUCAUUUAUAGAAAGCAGCGUAGCCUCUAACGUCAGAACUUUAAUCCAGCUUUUUACAGCAUCAAGAUACGAUAUUGCAAUUUCCUGUGGAUGGCGCUGCUUUGGUCUUGAUUUUCUCACUGGAAAAAUUUUUUUGUUCGACCAACACUGUAUGGCUUGGUAAAACCAAAAAAUUUUCCCUGUAGGAAAAUCAAGGCCAAAAUAGCACCAUCCAUGGGAAAAUCUCAUAUCUCCACAUUUAUUAAAACUGAACAAUAUAAAGCAUGUGUUUCUGAUUUAAUGUCUUCUUUAAAUCAUACAUUGGAGCAUCUAAAUACAAUCAGUCCAUGAUUAUGCAAAUAUAUCUGCGAAAUCUGCAAAAUUAUAAAAGAAAUUAAAGGAAGGGAUGAUUAUUGAAAUGAAAUGAAUGGGCUAUUAAUAGUCAGGCUGCUAGCACCUUAUAUUUUUAAUCCAGCUCUUGUAGGAAUAGUUGAACAUGUGGAUUUAAAUUCCAUCCAAUUGUUGACGUAUACAGCAAAAAUCGUCCAGGGAGCUUGGGUUGGUGCUUUUAUUGAUAAUGGUGAGCUUGGAGAACUGAAAUGGAUUAAUAUGGAAUUGGUUAAAUGGAAAGGAGAACUACAAAUGGCUUUUGAAAAAAUGUACCAUGCCGAGAUUCCCAGUAGUCGAGGGCUGAUACUCCCUAAAACUUUAAUUUUGAGUGAUUUAUGCCAAAUUCAAAAUAGAAUGAAGAAUUUUGAAUGAAAAAAAUGCCCAGAAAUCGUAGAAAUGCCAAGGAAACAGAGAAAACCGAAAAUAACUAUUGAUCAGAGUGUUGAAGAGCUAAUAUGCCUUAAAAGGCCACCUAAAAGAUCGCCAAGCUUCAAAGAAAAUUCAUUCACUUUUGAGAAGCAUAAAGAAAUUAUGGAAGAAAUUAUAACAGAAAAUCAUCAAACUGUUCCAGUUCUUCAAAUAGCACCUCCUGAUAUUUUUAAGCAUCAAGAGAAUCAUGAGCCAAGGAUAAAAAGCCCUAAUCAUGAAAAUGAAAUCCAUAGAGACAUGUAUCAAAAAGCUGAGCCUUUACCAUUUAUACCUCAAAAUGUAUAUGCCUAUCAAAAUUCCUUAUCAAGUCACAGCGAUUCUAAUAAAAUUGAUUCAAAGCUAACGCUUACUCUCAGCCACUUUAUAAUUUAGGAGAAAUUAAAUAAAUUAUUUUAUUUUUUAAAAUUAUAUAUUUAAAUUAAAAGAGUCAGUGAUCUAAAAAUUUCAAUAACUGAAAGAUCCAAGCACGCUAUUUCAAUUUCUUGUCAGACAGACAAUUCUCAUUUUAAUUCAACUUUUACUCAAACCAAUGAAGAAAAACCAACUAACACUGGAAUCCAAACAGACGACUCCAUAACUUCUAUAAAAUCCACACAGACAGAUAUGGAUUUUUCUUUCAAUAAAAAAGCUUCAACUUGUGAUCAAUAUACAUUUACUGACAUCAGUCUCAGUGAAGUCUUAGCUGACUCCCCCCCCCUCGAAGUUCGACCAAGAUUUAUUUUGGUCGAACUUCGAGGGGGGUUAAGAAAAUUUUUUUUUAAAAAAAAUUAUAAAAAAAAAACAAAUAAUAAAAAAAAAAAAAAUAUUUAUCAUAUUCUUCUGUAUGGUUGAGAGGGUGUAAGGGUUAGAAAAAAUAGUGCAAGAUGGUUUUGUAACGCUUUUUUAGAACUUGAAUACAAAAAUCGCAAGCUCACCCCCACAUAGUUUAAAAUUUUUGAAAAAUUGCUUAUUUUCCUAGUAAAUUUAUAUAGGUCUUGGUCGAACUUUGAGGGGGGUUAAUUUUCCAAAAAAAUAGGAAUUUUUCCCUAUAUCUUGGUCGAACUUCGAGGGGGGGAGUGAGCAUAAUAAACUGAAAAAUCAAAUCGAGAAAAUGCUUCAAUAUCAAACUCAAGAGUCAGAAAGGCUCAAUAAAGUAAAUGAGUAUUGAGCAAAUCAAUAUAAAGAGCUUAAAUUUGAAAAUAUUGAAUUAAAAAGCAAGAUCAAAGAGCUUAAAGAAGAACAAAAUAAAGCAGGCGAAAUUAGAUAUACAGAGCCAAGCCAAGUUAGAUAUUCAGAACCAAUGACUUCACGAAGCUAUGCUCCAAUUCCUGAUGACUCAAUUGAUCUUUAUCUUAAUAGGAAAAGUACAGUAUUUUAUAAAUGCGAUCCAAGUCUGCAUUCUCAAGAAAUUGACCAAAUAAUCACAUCAAGAAAAUAUAGACAGCUAAAACUGCGAAAUGAAGAGCGAAGGCAUAAAAUGGAUUUUGAAGGAUAUUGGUCUCCCCCUAAAUCUUGUCGGUAA